AUGGAUUCAGAUAUCGGAUACAAGAAUAUUUACAUUUCGGACGAACAUGAUCACGAGGAAGUACUUUCAACAACAGAAGUCGACGAGUCUCUCAUGGGCGACGAGAAACCAUUACAAGAUCGCAGAAUAUCCAAGACACAAUCAUGUAUGGAUACAAUUCGAUCAUUUCGAUGGAUUCUCGAUACUUCUUUACUACUCAUAAUCAUCGGACUGCUACUUCUCAUACGGCAUGAAUGGGCCCAACGAGAAACACUGCCUGCAUCAUGGCAGGUCGGAGGAGAUUAUACUGGAGCCGGUCCAAUUUUCCCAACACAUACGCAGAAAUUCACAUCUUCACCGUCGUUCGCCCCCCUCAACGCCACCCAAUUCUUCGACCCUUCCACCCUCACCCUCUGGAACACCCUUAUGCCACCGGGAACCGGACUUCCAGCUCACGACCUAACCCACAUAUUCUUCACCACAUCUAUGACGCACCAGCCUCACUGCGUGUACAUGAUGGCGCGGAUAUUUUCCGGGAUGGUACUGAACACUACGGAGGUGAUCGGUGAGGGCAUGAUACCGGAGGAUUGGCAUUUCCAUUUUAUGCAUUGUGUGGAUUAUAUGAGGCAGGCGGUUAUGUGUGGUGCGGAUUUGGCGGAGGAGCCGCAUGAGCCGGAUGAUUUGGAGGCGGGGAAGUUAGAUGCUGCGUGGGGAGCUAGACAUGUUUGUAAGGAUUAUGGAGCAGUGACGAGGUAUCUUGGAGAUCAAAUUCUAGACGGGGCGAGAGUAGUAUUGCCAAUUGAUGACUGA